GGCUCAGGACUGGGUGUCCACUAGAAUUUUUUGCUGGUCUGUAGAUUUCCUUAAGGCAUACUGCUGACAUCAUGGAGCCCUCUUUCCCUCUCCCUUUCUCCCUCUGCUUCUCCCCCUCCCUCUUCCCUCCUUGUCCCUCCUCCCUCUGCUCAAUCUCUUCCAAUCUCUUUCCUCCUCUCCUCAGUUCCUUCAGGUAAAUCCUACUCAAACUUGUACCAACUUGUUUUUGACUGACAGCGAGCAGCGAGAGACUUUUCUUCACUUUGAGAGAACCUGAACACCUAUCUUCCCCAAGACAACCUGCAUCGACCGAUCAUUUCCUCGCCGGGUCAUAGCUUCCCAUCGAGGCAGGAGUCCAGUGCAUCUGUCCCUGCAGGUAAGAGGCAGAAGCAGAAUCCCAUGGUAGCCAGGUGGGUGAAGGAGAGCAAGGACGUCCCACCUGCCCUGAAGAAGACGCCUUCUGACCUGCUGAGGGAGUGACAAGGUGGUCCUGAUAGCCUGACAAUGGACGCCAUUCACAUCAGCAUGUCCAGUGCUCCCCUGGCGAAGCACACGGCAGGAGCCGGACUCAAGACCAACAGACCCCGGGUCAUGUCCAAGAGUGGGCACAGCAACGUGAGAAUCGACAAAGUGGAUGGCAUAUACUUACUCUAUCUUCAAGACUUGUGGACAACCGUCAUUGACAUGAAGUGGAGAUACAAGCUCACCCUGUUUGCCGCCACAUUUGUGAUGACCUGGUUCCUUUUUGGAGUAAUCUACUAUGCCAUUGCAUUUAUUCACGGUGAUUUAGAACUAAGGGAGGACGUUUCAAAUCACACUCCCUGCAUCAUGAAAGUGGACUCUCUCACUGGAGCGUUUCUUUUCUCCCUGGAAUCCCAGACAACCAUUGGCUAUGGAGUCCGUUCCAUCACGGAGGAAUGCCCUCAUGCUAUUUUCCUGUUGGUUGCUCAACUGGUCAUCACAACCUUGAUUGAGAUCUUCAUCACAGGCACCUUUCUGGCCAAGAUUGCCAGACCCAAAAAGCGGGCGGAGACCAUCAAGUUCAGCCACUGCGCCGUCAUCACCAAGCAGAAUGGGAAGCUCUGCUUGGUGAUUCAGGUGGCCAACAUGAGGAAGAGCCUCCUGAUUCAGUGCCAGCUCUCCGGCAAGCUCCUCCAGACCCAUGUCACUAAGGAGGGGGAACGGAUUCUUCUCAACCAAGCCACUGUCAAAUUUCACGUGGACUCCUCUUCAGAGAGCCCCUUCCUCAUUUUGCCCAUGACAUUCUAUCAUGUACUGGAUGAGACAAGCCCCUUGAGAGAUCUCACACCCCAAAACCUGAAGGAGAAGGAGUUCGAACUUGUGGUCCUCCUCAAUGCCACUGUGGAAUCCACCAGCGCAGUCUGCCAGAGCCGCACAUCUUAUAUUCCAGAGGAGAUCUACUGGGGCUUUGAGUUUGUGCCUGUGGUUUCUCUCUCAAAAAAUGGAAAGUACGUGGCUGAUUUCAGUCAGUUUGAACAGAUCCGAAAGAGCCCGGAUUGCACCUUCUACUGUGCGGAUUCUGAGAAGCAGAAACUUGAGGAGAAGUAUAGGCAGGAGGAUCUGAGGGAAAGGGAACUAAGAACUCUUCUGUUACAACAGAGCAAUGUCUGAUGGUGGUGGUCGCCCUGGGUUUAACUCUGUGAGCUCUUUCCAUGUCGGAGCUCCCUUUGAAGGCACAGGUCACUGUGCAAAUGAGAAUGUGUGGAUUCUUUCUAAAAAACUAUACGGACAUACAAAAUCCAUUUUUUCCCUUUGAUCUGACACU